UUGUAUUGCCAUCUCAUUACUGGGGCCGAGCUCGGGAAGUUGCAAGGGGUGGAGCUAGUUGCAUCAGGUUUACAAAUCUAAUCCUGGAUUAAACACUGUUUCCACAAUCUGUGGAUUUUGUUGCUAGGCCGGGCAAAGUACAAGCAUCAUUUAACUGUGCAUUUAACCCUUCAUAUCCUUAUGAAGUUAAAAGGUUGUUUUGCAACUAUGUCCGAAGCUCCCCGGCGCUCUAUAACCCUACUAAAUGCUUCGACUGAGAGAAGCCUACACAUGCAGCAACAACAGCCAGGGGUUGCAUCUCUUUCCGCACGACCUGAUAAGCGAGCUGUUUCAUUACCUCAGCUGUCUGCAGGGGACAAACAUGAAACGAGUGCACCCCAGAAAAUAGGUGAGCGCGAAACCGGCAUGGAGGAAGUGAAACCUGAGGAGCAGAUCUGCAGGGGUAUAUUUGAAAUUAAGAAGAGAAGCUGUGAUGUUGUCCUGACUCGCAGCAUAUUGCAAUGGAGCCCAAUACUUCCUGAAACCCCUACAGAGAUUUCUAAAGAGGCACAUCAGCAGGAAGAAGGAUUUGUCAAGGUUGACGACAUCUUUGGAGUGAAACUGAAACGCCGCCGUUUUGCAGGUCAGCGAAAAGGUGGAACUCUGCUAGGUAUCACAGUUUUCAUAUGCAUCAGAAGAGGACAAAAGCUGAAAGACCAUGCCAUUCAUCUUGGCAACAUGAGUGAAGAUCACUGCGAAUUGUGGUUUAGAAAGCUGAAGGAAAUUCUAAAUGGUUAUCAGAAUAGGCCAAAGGAACUGAAAGUAAUAAUCAACCCACAUAGCCACAAGAAGGAGGGUACUCAGAUCUUUGAUGAACUUGUGGCUCCUCUUUUUAAGCUUGCUGACAUCAAGACAGACGUCACUAUCACGGAAUACGAAGGGCAUGCUAACAGAAUACUUCAGGAAUCUGAAUUGCACCAUUUUGAUGGAGUGGUUUGUGUUGGUGGAGAUGGGACUGCCAGUGAGGUGGCCCACAGUUUAAUACUCCGAGCUCAGAUGGAUGCUGGGACGGAUGCAAAUUCUAUCUUCACGCCUGUCAGAGCACCACUUCCUCUCGGCAUAAUACCAGCAGGGUCUACAAAUGUUCUUGCCUAUUCUGUUCAUGGAAUAAAGCACCCAGUGACAGCAACUCUGCAUAUUGUAAUGGGUCAUCUUCAACCAGUCGAUGUCUGUUCAUUCUGGAAACAAAGCAGUAUUCUCAGAUUUGGUUUCUCAUCUAUGUUUGGCUUUGGUGGUAGGACUUUAGCCUUAGCAGAAAAGAAUCGAUGGAUGCCUUCCAGUCAGAGGAGGGUCUUUGCUGUUAUGAAAAGCCUAGCAGCUUUAAAGCAUGAAGACUGUGAGCUGUCAUUUAUACCUGUACAAAAUUCACAAACGGUGACUCAAAAAAGCAGUAGACUAACAGAAUAUAUUAGUAAACCUGUGCCUUACAAAAAUUCUCUUUUUCUCUAUAGAAAAGAUAAAAGAAAUACAGUUCAGAAAAAAGACUAUAAAGACCGACAGUGGCAGACUAUCCAGGGUCAUUUCCUGAAUGUCAGUAUAAUGAGUAUUCCAUGCUUAUGUUCCAUGGCUCCAAGAGGACUUGCACCAAUGACCAGAUUGGACAAUGGAAGCAUGGAGCUGAUUGUUGUGAAAAAUACAUCCCGUGCAGAUUUUAUAAAACACUUGAAGAGAUACAACAGCUUGAAAAAUCAGUUCAGUUUUCCCUUCAUCGAGACCUACACAGUACAAGAAAUAAAGUUAAGAGCAAAGACCAAAACUGAUUGGUCAGAUGAGAGAUCUGAAGCAUCUCUUAAUUUUCACUCAAAAGAGUCCUCUUGUAUAGCAACUGAAGGAACAUAUCCAUGGAAUAUUGAUGGUGAUUUGGUGGAAACAGAAUCAGAAGUACACAUUCGAGUUCAUCCUCAGCUGAUAACCCUGUAUGGUGAGAAUAUCGAAGAAGUCACUGAGCCAACGGUGAAGUGCACUUGUUUAUGAGAGACUCCUGACAUAUGAAGUUGUUUGAAGGCUCCAUUGUUUUCAUUAAGCAAUGUAGAGGGUGCAGUGGCCAUCUUGUGUGUUUUAGUCUUCCAUAUUUUUGUAGCACUAUUUAUUUGUGCUGGCAAAAUUCAUUUUAUAAACAUAUAUAAAUCAGUAAAAAUCCAAAGUAGCAGCAUUGGAACUUGAGUAUAUCAAAUAUAAUCAUUUAAAUAAUGCUAGAACUUGAGUUUAGCUCAAAUCUAACACAUUCUUAGGACAAAAAAUUAAUAAUUUACAGUGCAUUGCAGAAACACUAUGUACCAUAACAUCUCUAAUUUUGAAAAAUUAAUAAAUCAAAGUCUGAAAAUGG